UAAUCCGCCACGGCUACCGCACCUCCACCCCUUACACCUUACAGGCCGCCUACACCCGAGUCAGAAUUAGGCCCAUUCGGACAAUACAACCAACACCAAUAUGGGCUGGGCUGCGAGUAACGAGGCGAGCGACCACAAGGUUGGCUCUAACCUAGGUAACUGGAGCUCCCUCAUCGGUAUCAUAACCGCUAUAGUGGGCAAUGUCCUCAUUGCCCUUGCGCUUAAUGUUCAGAGAUACGCGCAUAUACAGCUCCAUCGGGUGCGCAUCGAGGCUCGUGAGCGAGCGAGAGAAGCUUCGAAGAGAGCUCGAAAUGGCCAUCGUAAUGGCUACGGAACCACCGAAACGUCGGUCGAUAAUACGCAGAAUCAUAAUAGCGACGACGAUGCUACCGAUUUAGAUAGUACUCACCUUCUCGCUCACUCCGUCCAAUCCGUAGACUCCAACAUGACCGAUCCGUCAUGCGACGGCUCCAAGGUUACUUCGACGUACCUGAAGUCUCCGUCCUGGUGGACAGGACAGGUCCUGAUGACUAUCGGCGAGAUGGGCAACUUUUUGGCGUACGGCUUUGCGCCAGCUUCCAUUGUGUCGCCACUGGGUGUCGUAGCCCUGAUAUCAAACUGUGUCAUCGCGCCAUUGUUCUUCGGCGAGAUAUUUCGGGCGCGUGACUUUUGGGGUGUUGUUAUUGCCGUCGCCGGCGCUGUCACUGUCGUACUAAGCGCCAAUCAGGAAGAGACCAAGCUGGAUCCUCAUGAUGUUUGGGAUGCAAUCGCAACAAUCGAAUUCGAAGUCUACAUGGGUGUUUCUAUUUUUCUUAUCAUCGUCCUUAUGUGGGCAAGCCCGAGGUAUGGCCACCGAACAAUUCUGGUUGAUCUUGGUCUUGUCGGCUUAUUUGGGGGGUAUACUGCCUUAACAACCAAGGGUGUCUCAUCUAUGCUUUCAUCAACACUCUUUAGGGCUUUCACCAACCCGAUUUUAUACGGCCUCAUAGUCAUUCUACUUGGGACUGCUGUCAUGCAAGUUCGAUACGUAAACAAAGCAUUACAACGAUUCGAUUCGACACAGGUCAUUCCUAUCCAAUUUGUAUUAUUUACUUUGUCAGUAAUCAUCGGAAGCGCUAUCUUAUACCGAGACUUCGAGCGUACAACGGCGCGACAGGCUGCCAAGUUUAUUGGAGGCUGUCUCCUUACCUUUUUUGGUGUGUUUCUGAUCACUAGCGGCCGGCCGCGACACGACGAUGAGGAACAGUUGUCCGACGAUGAAAACGUGGAAGAGACUAUCGGUCUUCGAGAUCAAGAGGCCUCUGGCCCUUACGCUAACCGAGCCGAGCAGCCCAGGCCAGUUCAACGCCAGCAACAAGGCGCCUCGGCUCGAUCAUCAAGGCGGUCGUCGCGCGCUUCGCGAAUCAGCUUUGCAAGCACGGGUGGAAAUCCGUCCAGCCUUCCGCAAAAUAGUAUCAUCCCUUCAACCCAUAAACCUGAUACAUCAACUUCUAGAAUCACAAUUCCGACUGCGGUCGAAUCUUCACCACUCCUUAGUAAUCCAUGGAAAAACUCGAUGGAUGAGCAGUCUGAUCACCCGGGCCUCCCACCAAGGACGUCAGUGGAUAGUGUCCCAACAAUUUACUCUAUCGCUUCUAACCCCAUAUCCGAACCUUUGCAGUCUAAUAUCAGCCUCCCCGAACCAUCCGUCCCACCCCCAACCCCUGAUCGGCCUAUGACUCCACGCGCUGCUCAGUCUUCCAAACACAGUCAUCAUUUUUCCAAUGCCUUCAUUUCUCCAUCCCCACUGUCUUCCACAGUCAGUGCCGUGGUGGCAGAUGCUCUCCUACGUAAUGAGGAAAAUCCAUCAGGGCGAAGGAGAUCCAUCAGGAGAGCGAGGCCUAGCAUUAGAUCUAGCUUUUUCGUUCCACACAGUGAGGACGGUGUAAGCUCUGCAAUUGGGCCACUUUUACAAAGCGAUCGGGAGAAUGAGGAACCGCCUUAUCAGGACGACCCCUUGCCAGAUGAUCAAAAGACCUUCCGAGGACGAGCACGCAGCCUAAGCAGUGCAUUAGGUGACUUUUUCGGUCGAAAAAGAAGAAGGAUAUCAGAUCCAGAGGAUCCAGGUAUAGAUCACGACAGUCAACGCAGCAAUACUUCACUACUUGACCAACCAUAGCACCGAAAACGCGGGCGAAUUCCGAAAACAGAUAUAUGGUGAUAGAGAUGCAUUAUCGAACGUGCUCAGCAACCAACCUAUUUGGUUCUUUUCGGUUGAAGCAGGGGUGGCUGGCAUUGCAUUGGAUAGGAGUUCUGAGGUGUUGUCUCGUCUCUUGGGGUUAUUGCCAGAUGCGCAGCUCCAUUCAUCACACGAAAGAAAAGGUUCGUCUAUGAACUUAACACACUACUUGCCUACAUACAUGGAGUAGUAUUUUUUUUAUUUUUUUUUUGAAAAAGCUAUAUAGAGUUUCAUUGAAUAUUCUAAUUGAGAUAUCCCUCCUAC